CCCCUCGCCCCACCCCCAGGUGCGCGUCGCUAUGUUUUGGGGGGGGGGCACACUGACUUCUGCCAGAUCUGGUGCCCCGCAGGGCCCGCAAACCCUCGCGUGUUCCGCUGGCUCUCUCCGAGCCACGCCGACGUCGAGACAUUACUCCCUGGCGCAAUUGCGCGCCCCAGCAUGCUGGGGGGGCAUGGCGGUGGUGUUCGCCACGAUCGGUUUGGGCGUUGAAUUCUGGCGAGUCUUUGCAAGUCGAGUCUUGCGUGACGCACUUCCUCAUUUCCUCCUCUGACAUCUGGUUCGAUUGCGUAGCGGCUUUUCCAGCGACGAUCCCGGGCCCUGAGACCUCCGCCAUGGCACAGUGGCAGGAUCCUGGAGAUCAUUGGGGAGAUCGGUGGCAGGCACCUGAACAUUGGCGGCCCCCUGCAGACACUGGAGGCACCGGAUGGUCACGCCCCGAGCCUGAAGCGGAGGAUGACCACGUUCGCCAAGAGCUUGCCGAUGCUCUGGAGUUGCAGAAAAGUGCGGAGCUCGCGUCCACGCAGGCCGCAGUGGAGCUGCUCCAGAUGCGUGAUUUGGCGACGCAAGAGCAGAUUCUGUCUCAGUCUCAUUCGACCCUGACCGCAGAGCUGAAAACGUUGAGGGCGCAAGCAGAGCAGUUUGAUCCUCGGCGAAUCUGGCGGACAAGGAGUUUUGGGGCGCCCAGAUCCAGGACGCGUCCCGGGCGGUCGCGCAGGCGCAGGCCAGGCGGGAGGAGCUUUCCCUCAGAGUGAAGGCUCUGACCGACAGCGCGUCGCAGGGAUCGAAGCAGGUGGACUCUCUGAACCAGAAGGUCAAGCACGAGCACAAAAAGUCCGAAGACGCGAAGAAGCUGCAGGGCAAGUACCAGGAAUGGCGGAUUGGCUCAGACGCGAGCGGCGAAGAGUCGGGAAGAAGUUGCGGAGACCCUUGCAAACGCCCUGAAGUCUGACUCAUGGGAGAAAUCCGGGUCCGAGGGUACGCCCUGUAGUCCGAGCUACGGCAAUUUGGAACGACGAUCGCCAGAAGACGGCAGCCAGCACGAGCACGUAGAUAUGGAGAAGUCGGUUGAGGAGGUGAGGCAGAAGCAGAAGGAGCUCCACGAGAUCGAGUCUAGACUGGUCUACUGCAGCUCAGAGUCUGCAUUCCAAUGGAGUGUAUCGCGCAACCUGCUCAUUUGGUCAAUGGUAGCAUUGGCGUUCGCAGACUUGUUCUACCGGGGUCGGCGAAUUCUGCGGUGCCAUGGGAUGGUGAAUGGCCAGAACACUUAUAGGUGAAUUCACUCGUAGGCGGUUGCCAGGCUGGGGCUUUGCAUUGCACGCCGCGGGAUUGCAUAUGUUGUGUUGCACGUGCGAGCAAGGAAAUGUCAGCGUCGCUUCGACAAGAGCGUGUUAGAUACUCAAUCUUCUAGUGCCUUCCUCUUCCGAGGCAUCUUCUCUACCCACUGCCGCUAUGCAAGCAUGUGGUCUCUGUCAUGCUGGAUGGCAGAAGGAUGUGACAAG